AUGUCGAAAGGCCUCCCGCCGGAGGUCGCCAACGUCUCCACGGUGAGGGGAUUCCUGCUGCUGGGAUCCUCGGAGGGCCGGGAGCCACGGCCGGUCCAGGCCGCGCCGUUCCUCCCGGUCUACCCGGCGGCCCCGACGGGGAACCUCCUCGUCGUCGCCGUCACCGCCCUCGACCGGCGCCUCCGCGCCCCCGUGUACUUCUUCCUCGGGCACCUGUCGGUGGCCGACCUCUGCUACAUCUCCGUCACCGUCCCCAAAUCCAUCCUCGUCUCCCUGACGCAGGGCCACUCCAUCUCCUCCCUGGGCUGUGGGACGCAGGUCUGUCUGGUGAUCCUCUUCGCCAGCUCUGAGUACUUCGUCCUCACGGCCACGUCCUACGACCGCUACGCCGCCAUCCGCCUCCCCCUGCGCUACGAGGUCGUCACGGACCGGGAGGCCUGCGGGAAGACGGCGGCCGCCUCCUGGCUCGGCGGGGGGGCCGAUGGGAGUCGCGCGCGCAUCUUCGGGGCCGUGCUGAGGAUGCCGGCCGCCGAGGGCCGGGCCGGAGCCUUCUCCACCUGCCUGCCCCGCCUCGCCGUCGUCGCCGUCUUCUUCCGCACGGCCGCCAUCGCCCACCUCAAGCCCGUGUCGGACUCCCCCUCGACCCUGGACCCGCCGGUGUCCGUGUUCUACGUCGUGGUGCCCCCGGCCCUCAACCCCCUCAUCUACGGCCUGAGGAACCGCGACGUGAAGGCCGCCCUGGGUCUUCUCCUUGGGGAAAUCUCUUCCAUCUUGAAGAGAAAAUGCCCAUGCCCCCCGUCAGACUGA